CGGCCGCGGCCACUCCCCCCCGGGCCGGCGCGGCGGGGGAGGCAGAGGAUGGAAACACCCUUCUACGGCGAUGAGGCGCUGAGCGGCCUGGGCGGCGGCGUCAGUGGCAGUGGUAGCUUCUCGUCCUCGGGUCGCUUGUUCCCCGGGGCGCCCCCGACGGCGGCGGCCACCAGCAUGAUGAAGAAAGACGCGCUGACGCUGAGCCUGAGCGAGCAGGUGGCGGCGGCGCUCAAACCUGCGGCCGCGCCACCCCCGGCUCCCCUACGCACCGACGGCGCCCCGGGCGCGGCGCCCCCCGACGGCCUGCUCGCCUCCCCUGACCUGGGGCUACUCAAGCUCGCCUCGCCGGAGCUCGAGCGCCUCAUCAUCCAGUCCAACGGGCUGGUCACCACCACGCCGACGAGCACGCAGUUCCUCUAUCCCAAGGUGGCGGCCAGCGAGGAGCAGGAGUUCGCCGAGGGCUUUGUCAAGGCCCUGGAGGACUUGCACAAACAGAACCAGCUGGGUGCGGGCGCGGCCUCCGCCGCCGCCGCCGCCGGGGGACCCUCGGGCACGGCUGCGGGCUCCGCACCCCCGGGAGAUCUGGCCCCGGCCGCGGCCACGCCCGAGGCGCCGGUCUACGCGAACCUGAGCAGCUACGCCGGCGGCACUGGGGGCGCCGGGGGCGCCGCGACGGUCGCCUUCGCCGCGGAGCCCGUUCCCUUCCCGCCGCCGCCGCCCCCGGGCGCGCUGGGGCCACCGCGCCUGGCCGCUCUCAAGGACGAGCCGCAGACGGUGCCCGACGUGCCGAGCUUCGGCGAGAGCCCGCCGCUGUCGCCCAUCGACAUGGACACGCAGGAGCGCAUUAAGGCGGAGCGCAAGCGACUACGCAACCGCAUCGCAGCCUCUAAGUGCCGAAAGCGCAAGCUGGAGCGCAUCUCGCGCCUUGAGGAGAAGGUGAAGACGCUCAAGAGCCAGAACACCGAGCUGGCGUCCACGGCGAGCCUGCUGCGCGAGCAGGUGGCGCAGCUCAAGCAGAAGGUCCUCAGCCACGUCAACAGCGGCUGCCAGCUGCUGCCCCAGCACCAGGUGCCCGCGUACUGAGCCGCGCGCCCGGCGCAUGCGCGCCCCCCCGCGGGAGA